AGCCACAUUCACUUCUGCAGACCGUUGAACAGAAGACACAUAAAUUUCCACAUUAGCUGAGAUAUUGUUUUCAUUGAUGCGGGUCUCUUAGCUGGGCUAAACGCGAGUCAGCACACCGUGUUGAGCACGACCAUGUACCGCCCAGGUAAACCUGUACACGGUCAGCCGCCGUUCGGACCUCCACCACCCCAUGGCCCUCCUUUCAGACUCAGGGGUCCUUGUGGUGUUCCUCCUCCUGGACACCCACCCCCUGGACCGUGUGGACCAUUUUCGGCUUCAGCACUGGAUAGCCAUUUUAUCCCUAACAGGCCACCAAGUGGGCAUUUCAUCAGGCCCCACUGUAGCAGCUUCUCCAUUGACCAUAGUACAGUGAUUGCUUUGGGAGGCAGGCAGCAGAUCGGCCCUCCUGCAGAAUCACCGCACACUCAGGUCCCACAAUGGAAUCCAGCUCCUGUGGAACAUCGUCCUCCAGACAACAGUGACCGAGCUGGUGAGGAAUUCCUGAGAUGCAUUGCAGCAAACAAGCCUUUCCCAGACUAUCUGAAAGGGAACAUGGCAUACAACCUGGCUGAUGCAUUUAAGUCGGCUAAUGUCCUAAAACAAGCAGUCAAAUCAGACCCUGAGUUCCAGAAGCAUGUGACCAGGAGCAAAAGCCGUAGCCGUAGUCGAAGCCGAGGUCGUGGCAAAAGCCGGGGCAAAUCUCGAGCCAAGAGCCACGGGCGAAGCAAAAGCCUAGCACGCAGCCGAAGCAGGGGAAGGAGCAAAAGUCGUGCUCGUGGCAAGAGUCAAGCAAGAAGCAAAAGCAGGGCUCGCAGUCGGAGUCGGAGCCGCAGCCGAAGCCGAAGCCGAAGCAAGAAGCACCAUGUACGGAGCAAGAGCCGAGCCAGGAGAUCAAAGUCACGAAGUAGCAGCAGUGAAAAGAGUCAUGACAAAGAGAAAAAAAGAAAGAGGAGCCCCAGCCAUAGCAGUGUUGGCAGCAGUAAGAAUCUGAGGGGGAAUAGUCUGUUAGAAGGCCUGAAGUUGGUCAUGAACAGCAAAGAACUGGAAGAGCGGUUGCCCACCUUGAAAGAUGCCAUCCUCACUAUUAAGGCCUCAGAUGAAAGCAAAAAAGUGGAGCGUGUGCCUGAUGAGCACAGACAUCAGCAGCAUGACAGUGAAGAGAAUUCAGCUUUGGAAAACGACAGUAUGCUUCUUCCUCACGACAGAGUGGGCAGUGACUUCUCUUGGCUCCAGGCUCAAAGUCAAGAGGACUCCACGGUCCUGAAAGCUGAUGAGCUUGAAGACGAGGAGUCGUUCUUGUAUGGGAAUGAGGACGUUGCAGGAAAACCAGCCAAUAGUUCCUCUACGGCACUUUUUUCUGCGUUUUCCCAGAGUGGAGAACAUGCCACCCUACAGGAAAAGGAGAGUCUUGCUUCUGGCAGUCAGCAGCAUCAGAACAAGUCUGUUCUUGAUCUGAAGCAACCCCUUCAAAUGACUUCCUCAAGCUUUGCCUCUGCCAAUCUGAGCAGCAGCGAGUGUGAGAAGAUCAAGAACAUAUUAAAAAGUCUGGGCACAACAGACAUCAGUGAUAUCAUGGUGAAGAUGCAGGGGCAGAAGGAGGGGAAGCAGCUGUCCCCUGCGCCUCUCAGUUCCAACCCGACAGCAGGCUUAGUGUUGCCAGCACUGAGUGACCCGAAUGUUCGGCAAGCACUGGAGUCUCUACAGUCACUGAUCAAAGCAACAAAGGAGAAGCGGGCAAAAAGAGACAGCUGUGGAACUUCUCAAACAUCCUCUGAUAAACACAAGGCAGGUGACGAUCAGGAAAGGAAGCAAGCCAGAAUGAGUAAAAUGGAAUCCUUGAUGAAAGAACUGGAGGAGUUGUUGAAACAGGAUGCAUCGAGUUUCCUGACACCAGUAAUUGGGUUUUACUGCCAGAAGUGUGAGGAGUUCAUUGGAGAUUUGAAUAGUGCUGAAAGUCAUUCAGGCAUCCAUCACCAUAGUAACUCGAGCAGUCCAAAGGUGCAGAUGGACAAGCUUCCUGGAGACAGCAAAAUACACUUGCGCUAUUUUAGCAGCAGUAACCAACAGCCACAACCCUCAGACAGGAGGGAUCACAAGGACUACAGUAACCAUAGAGGUUCAGGAGACCACAGGAACCACAGAGACCACCAGCAAGACAGGCGAGAUGAGAGAGAGCACAGAAGGAAACUCAGCGACGACCACCAAAGUCACACAGCCAGCCAGGAAAAUAUCUCCUUGAAAGAAGAGAUGAGAAAGGAGAGGAUGCUCAUAACAGUGUCCAGUGGAGUGACACCUCUUCCAAAUGUCAGGGUCACGGAGGAAGUCGCCAAGGACCUGCAGGCCAUCGGAAGCCAUAACAAAGCCAAAGCAGAGAAUCCAGACAGCAAGAGAAAGUCUUCCAAGAACAGCAGAGAAAAAGAUCAAGUAAAAGAUGAAAGCAGUGAUAGCAGUGACAGUGACAAAGGAAAAACCCCAAAAGCUAAAACACCUAAAAAGAAAAAGAAGAAGAAGGAGAAGAAGAAGAAGAAGACUAAUAAGUCCUAAUUGUUGCAUUAUGCUCCUCAGUUUCCAUGUCCACACCAGAACUGACCCCUGAGAUGAUCGGCAGCUUAUUGCCGCCCAAGUUUCUACACUUAAAAGGUCUUGUUUCAUCAGUACACACCAGGGAACCACGUUGUUUUCUUUUUUAUUAGGCUUAGUUCUUUUUUAUUGGUGUGAUCAGAAGAGGGAGGUAGGCCUCAAGGACUGAUUGGACUAAAAUUGGUAGAGGGGGAGUUCUAGGAGGUGAAUUUUCCAGUCUUGAUAGACCUGCUUCCAGUGAUUGUGCCAGCCAAGGUCAAGCACAUCCCAGGCCAAACACUACUGGGAGCACAGACAUGAAAUUGAUAUAAAUUUGUUUUGGCUGUUGCUACAUUUUUUACAUUUACAUUUUCCUUCCUCUUUUUACAUUACAAUGAAUAUGUAGAAUAUGGCAUGUCUUAAGUAUGCCCCCCACAUCCUGGUUUCAUUUUUUAUUACAUGUUUGAAAACACAUUCAUCUUUCUCAAUACCAUUGCUACUGUGUGUGCAUUUCCCAAGGACCAACACCAUUGUAGUGUUAGAAAUAUGAUAUGUGUAUUUUGCAGUUCCUUUCCCAUCUUACUUGUCUGCAUUAUUAUCUGAACAUUCUAGAUGAAAGGAAAUACAGAAGUGUGUUUACGAUUUAAUAAAGACUGUUAGAAAGAGGUCAAAUGUUGUCAUAGUUGAGUGAUCAUGUUAAUGCUUUAUCUCUUUGCAGUGCAUUGGCCAGUCUUCACAAUAAAGCAUCAUCAAGGUCUUAAGGCUUGUCUGACCACAUUUCAAGUGGACCUGGUCAACCUACUAGGAGGAGAACAUCAAAGAAUAAAAAGUGGCAAAAGUCCAGAUUUUACAGAUGAGCAGAAUCCUUGACAGCUACUUUGAUUGACAGUAACCUGCUGCUAAAUGUAAUAGCUGCCAGGAUAAAGGUCAGGACUUUUUGACUGUGCUGAUUUUAUGUCUCUCACAGGCGUGCAGUGAGGAGACAGUAAGUGAAGUGCAGGACUCUGACUCCAGAGACCAGAGUUAGCAUCCUGUGUCUGUCUGUGGUUUGCUUAAGGUUAAGAAAGAGCAGUAGUUUCAGUUGAAUGCUAACAAAACUGUCUCAUGAUUCAAGUAAUUACACACUUUUUUCAAACCAAGACCAUGAUCUUUCCCUAACCUUAAACCUGAGUUAACUUAACCUGAGUGCCUAAACAUAAUCAUAAAAACGUGAAGUAAUGCAGGAGACAUUACAAGCAGAUAUUAUUUCUGCAGCUGUAAUAAUGUCUCAGUCUUCCCAUUUAUUUAUUAGAAAGUCUGUGUAAUAUAGGCCUUUUCCACAGGAGUCAGUGUGAAUUGUUACAGUCAGACAAACACAAGUGUCAACAUUACAAAGGCUCUCUUCUAUUUGAGUGUGGCAGUGACUCAUGACAGUGAGCAGACAUGCACACAGCACAGGCCAUGGUUUCUGUCACAGCGUGCUGUAUCACACUCAGUUUGGCCCUUACAGAGGCAGGCCAGCUGGACCAUAAGAAGCUAAGUAUGGCUUCUUCAAAUUCUUUCUGCAGGAAGAGUGUGAUGUGUAGUUUGUGUGGAUGAACUGUGCACGUAGGGCAACACACCUCUCCUUACACUGAUCUCUCCCACAUACACUUGGAUCCACAUGGGGCAACAUGGAUGGAUUUGUAAACAGCCUACAGGGCCAGGGGGCAAACAAAGACAACAGCCUGUGUUUGAGGUUAGCAUUUAUGUUGGAAAGUCACAGGGUUCAGUCAAAAGUAGGGAUGUCCCAACAACAUUUAUUGCUCCUGUACCUUAAAUAUUUAGUAUGUGCCAAUACAGAUUCUGAACAAAUGUUUAUUUUUAUUAUGUGUUUGUUCAUUUUUUCUCUAGCUGCAGCAACAGGACAGGACAGUUGUAUGUAAGAAAGUGAACAGUAAACCUAAGACAAUGAGGGCUGUGGUAGUUAAGAGUGAGGCCCGGGAUGUGUGUGGGUGUCCAUUACAAAGGUAUUUUUUAUCCUGACUUAAUACUGUGUGCACAGAUGUACAGUGAAGCAGUGUGUGUUCUAAUUAACAUAAUGUACAAAUAUUUCCCACAGAACAAUUGCAAAAUAAUCAAAACAUAUAUGAUUUGGACUUUCCAAUUUGAUACCAUUUUCUGAAGUCAAAGGGUUAAUUUAUCAUUCUACAACAUAUUUGUAUAAAAAAUAACUGUAGUUGUAAAUUGUAGAAAUGAAUGAAUAAAAACGUAUUUACGGUGAAGUGUGGAUGAUCAAUUGAGUCUCAGCCUGAGGAAAGAAGCGGCUGUGUAGUCCGGUGGUACAGCAGCAGAUACUUCUGUAUCGCAGGGUGAAUGGGCUGUGGCUGUGAUGGGUGUUGUCUUUAAGGAUCCUUUGGGCUCUGCUCAGGCACCUCAUUAUAAAACUGGUACAUACCAAUGAUGAUGCCAGUGAUUUCUAUGUUUGUGGUAGAUGCCAAUGCAGAAGUCAACCGAGUAAGCCAGCAAAAAUACCCUGCCACAGCUAGUGUCCUUCACUUGACUAAAAGUCCAGGGUAUACUGAAGAAAACACUUCAUGGGAUGUUGCUCUUUUUGCAGGAAGAGAAAAAAUAUUCAUGUCUUUUAAUGUGAAGCUGCAGCAGGAGGAAAUGUUCAGUUUACAUUAGGAGUAACAUAAAAGCACUCUGCACCCAGUGCUUUGCAGAGCGCUGCUCGCUUUUUUAUUCCUAUGGUUUAUUCAGAGUUUAUCAAUACUGAACAUGUCGUGUGUCCAAAUUGCACCAAAUUCCACACUGCACGUCUUUGGGUUCCCAGCAAUACAGCCACCAAGUGUAAAGCAGAGCGGCUGAACAGAUCUCGAGAUAUAUGAAGGAUAUACAUACAGAGAUUCCCUGCUUUACAGGUAACUAGCAAGGUCACAUAUUUAAGUGUUCUGUAUAUGCUGAUCAGUUGAUUGAUUUAUAAAAUGAAAUACAAAAUCCUAUUAUAAUCCAGGUCCAGUUACUGGAACAAGACUUCAAAGCUGCUUGAUACACUAUGUUUACCCCAACAAUGGUUAUGGGCUAAGGAUACAAGUGCUGACAAUUCAUAAACUGCAGAUCUCCAUACCUGGGAAACUCAUAAUAAAGUGAAGACUAAUUACAAUGUGGUUCUUGUAUUUUCUUUUUCUUUUGCAC